ACUUGUAUUGAUAUAAAUGAAAAUACAAUUUAAUUCAUUUUCAUAUUAUUCUUUUUCUCGCACGCCCGAUAGGCGAUGCGUUUCAAACUGUGAUGGAUAUUUUUACAACUUUUAUAAAUUCAUCAUUUUUAUGACAAUCAGUUCUACCAUCUUUGUAAUAGUGUAAUUUAGUUUAUUCUUUAUUUAUUUUAAAAUGGCGAAUCAAUCAGCUAAAAUUGUAUAUAAGUUGGUGCUGACCGGCGGGCCUUGCGGCGGAAAAACCACGGGGCAGUCCCGACUAAGCACUUUCUUUGAAAACUUAGGAUGGAAGGUGUUCCGGGUGCCGGAAACGGCUACCGUCCUAUUAAGUGGUGGAGUAAAGUUUGUGGACCUCAGCCCAGAUGAAGCCAACAAGUUCCAGGAGAAUUUGUUGAAGACUAUGAUUCAAAUCGAGAAUACGUUCUUCGAGCUGGGCAAGACUUGCCAAAGAAACUGCCUCAUCAUAUGCGACCGGGGCGCCAUGGACGCUAGUGCAUUUAUUUCGAAGGAAAAAUGGGAGGCGAUGCUGAACAACAACAAUUGGAAUAGUGUGGAGCUGAGAGACAACAGGUAUAACCAUAUCGUUCACAUGGUCUCCGCGGCCAACGGCGCUGAAGACUUCUACUCUACCGAGGAGCACGCCUGCCGCUCCGAGGGCGUGGAGCUAGCGCGGGAGUUGGACUACAACGCGGCGGCGGCCUGGGUCGGGCACCCGUACUUCGACGUGAUCGACAACUCGACGGACUUCGACAAGAAGAUGAACCGACUGAUCGCCUGCGUCUGUCAGCGCAUCGGACUCGACACCGGCGACAGACUCAACGUCAACGCCAAGAAGCGCAAGUUCCUCGUCAAGACGCCGCUCCCUGGCGAGACGGAGUUCCCGCCCUUCCAGGACUUCGACGUGGAGCACAACUACUUACAGAGCGACUUCCGCAAGGCUCAAGUGAGGCUGCGCAAGCGCGGCCAGAAGGGCCACUGGUCCUACAUCCACACCAUGAGGAAGUUCCACCCCAACGGCCAGUCCGUCGAGGUGCGGACGCAGCUCACGCACCGGGACUACCUGAACAUGCUGCCGCAGAGGGACGAGGCACACUUCACGAUAUUCAAGAAGCGGCGCUGUUUCAUAUACAACAAUCAGUACUACCAGUUGGAUAUGUACAGGCAGCCAACACAUCCCAGAUGUCGAGGACUUGUUCUCCUAGAGACCUACAGCGCUGCUUAUGAUCAAGAUGCACUGCUGGCGUCGCUGCCAAAGUUCCUCACAAUUGAAAAGGAGGUCACUGGAGAUCCAGCGUAUUCUAUGUAUAAUUUGUCACUAAAAGAAGAUUGGAAAACUUCAAAAAGGUACUACGCGGGCUCUGGUGGGAACGGACACACUAAAUGCCUGAAUGGACACCAGGUGGAAAAACCCGACGAGCGGAAUGGUGACAAUGCUAGCUAUCCCGAAUACAAAAUGAUUCUCAACAAUGGUGCAAAACACAAUGGAAUGGGAAAAAUUACAGGACAUGUGACAAACAAAGCAAUUGGUAAUGACAAAAUGAAUGGCCAUCACAAGUUGAAUGGUCACAGGGCAGUUCCUACUACAGACACAAAUGGAUUCCAUAAUUGUCUGGACAAUGUCAAGAAUACUAGUGGCAUCAAUAUGCACACACCAAAGAUAAAGAAAGUUGCACUAAAGACUUAGGUUCUAAACUACAUUAUAUUAUUAUAUCGAAUAUUUUUUGUCAGAUGUACAUACUUGUACUCUAACCGUUGAAUCUAUAUUUAAAGCAUUUGCCUAAGCUGUGUAUCAUUUAAAUUGCCUUUAAAGAACUAUUUUUGUAAUAAUUCCUCAUAAAUAUGUAAGUGACAGUGUUAUUUUUGUGCCUUGUUAAACAUGCAUAUUUCAUUGAAAUAAAUGAUGUAAAAUAUGAAAUGUUAAUUAAAUUGUACUUAAAUUAGGACUUUUAAUAUAUUUUAUUAGAUUAUAGCAAUGUGAAACAUAGAACAUCUUAUUUAUUUUAUGUAAAUUCAAACAUAGUACAUACUUAUGUAGAAGUAUAAUUUAAAAAAAUUGUAGUUACUUAGAAUAUCAGCACUAGUUGGUACUUUCGCUCAGAAAUUUUCAACUAUCUGGGAAUGAAAAUAUGAAUGUAAGUUGAUUUUAAAAUUGAUGUUUCAAAUUACAGUAUUAAAAUCUUAUAAAAUGAAAAUUUUCACUGAAUGUGAAAUACGAAAGCAAGCAAGUUGCUGCAAUUUCAACCCUAGCUGUGUUUAUAUAGAAUUACCUUAUCAGCACAUGAAUGUACCUCUAAAGACAACAUAUUCUUAGGAAUAUGUCCCGAAUUAUAGGAUAUAUAGUCCCGAAGGAUAGUGCUUUUAAUGUUUUAUUAAAUUCUUAAUGUCAACACAUUUAAGCACUAUCUUCAACCGCUCACUAAACAUUAUUUAUUGCAUUGGUUUCUUAAAAAACAGCAAUUUAUAAAAAAAAUUAAAGAUUUUUAUUUCAUGCAUGAUGAAAUCUUGUGAAUGAAUUGAUUGGAAUAUUUAAAAUAAAACUCUGUUUUAUUGUUUGGAAA